GAUACACCUGUUUCCAUAACGGAAACCCCCCCCGCCAGUUAGCCAAAUCAAACUGUCAAAACCGAGUGAGAAUUGUUAUUCGGGGUGACUCCGUCCACUAUGUCCACGGAGGAGCUUUCAGCGUUGGACAGCGAAGCCGCGUUGGCCGGCGCCGGCGAGCGCUGGGCGCCGGUGGGCGCCGUGGCUAGCCCCGAGGAGGAGCGCGCGAGCGGCGGCCACCCGAGGCGGAAAGGCUCGGUCGACGAGGAAGCGGCCGGGCGACUGAGGAAGCUGGAGGAGGAGCAGGAGCUGCUCAACUCGUCGCUGCUCGCCCUCACCUCGCACUUUGCCCAGGUGCAGUUCAGACUCAAGCAGAUAGUCCACGCGCAGAGCGACGAGAAGGAGAAGAUGCUCACCGAGUUGGAGGAGUUCGCCUUCCGGGGAUGCCCGCAUGUGGUGGGUUGCGGGCCCCGGGGCGCCCAGCGCCUCCACAACACGAGCGAGCGGGAGAAGCGGGAGCGUCUGGAGGCUCAGCGGGAGAAGCAGAAAGAUCUCAUCUUCCAGCUCAAGACACAGCUGGAUGAUCUGGAGCACUUUGCCUACCAGGAGGGCAGCUACGACUCGCUGCCGCAGUCGGUCGUCAUGGAGCGGCAGAAGGUGAUCAUCGACGAGCUGAUCAAGAAGUUGGACGUGAACCUGAACGAGGACAUUGGCAACCUGUCGCCUGAGGAGUUGCGACGGCGAGUGGACGCCGCCAUCGCGCAGAUCGUCAACCCAGCGCGGGUCAAGGAGCAGCUGGUGGAGCAGCUCAAGACGCAGAUUAGAGACCUGGAGAUGUUCAUCAAUUUCAUCCAGGAUGAGGUGGGCAACCCUCUAUUGUAUGACGGCACUCACAGUCAGCAGCCUCUAGCUGCCUCCGCCAAGACCAGGACCCCCAGAGGGAAGAGGACAGCGGACCCGGAGCAGGCGCAGAGGAUGCGUGAGACGGGCCUGCAGCUGAUCCAGAAGGCGAUGGCCGUGCUUCAGAUCUUCGCCGCCAGCCAAUUCGGCUGCUCAGCCGGUCAGGGGCCGUCGGGCCUGUGGCCCCAAGAGUCGGCGCAGCGUGACUACGGUCCUUUACUACGCCGUCUGGAGGCGGUCGUAGACAAGGUUCGCGUGCUAGGCUCGCGCCGCCAUCCCGGCCAGGAGCACGUGGUCAACUACACCGGGAACUCUGCUGCGGGACCGCACGAUGAGCUCACCACGUGCGUACGCAAAGAGCUGGCCUUGGUUCUCAAGGACUUGCUGGCUCACGGUCUGAUGUCGCCAUCCCAGACCGUGAGCUUGGUUCUGGCACCCAUCUCCUGCUUGCUGCCCCACCGGACCACGGCGCCCCAAACCAUGCACCCCUGGGAGCUCUUCGUCAAGUACUACCACUCAAAAAAUGGCAAGGCCUUCGCCGAGUCGCCUGCCCGUCAGCUCUCGCAGUCCUUUAGCCUGCCAGUAGGGGGCGGCCCUCUUACCAUCACCCCCAAACAGUCACUGCUGUGGGCCAUCCACACAGUUUUGAAGGAGCACGGGCGCUACAAGCGAGGCCCUGACACCGAGUUCAAGGCGCUGGUGUGCAUGGCGCUCAACGAGCAGCGGCUGGUCUCCUGGCUCAACCUGCUGUGCAAGGCGGGCACGGUGGUGCACCCACACUACCUGGCGUGGAGCUACAUGGCACAGACCGGCUUCGAGGGCGCCCUGCGGAUUCUGGGACGCAUCAGCCACCUCAAGUUCGACCUGCCCGUCGACCUGGCCGUGCGGCAGCUCAAGAACAUCAAGGACGCUUUCUGAGGACGCCAAACGGAGACGCAACGACGGAAUAAAUCAAGGGGUGGGCAAAACAUUAUGGACCACGGUUCACAUGCACCCCACUGAACAUUUACAUUUAGCAAGAAUACUGGAAUAUUUGUUGCAUCCAUCCAUCUAUCCAUUUUCUGGACUGCUUAUCCUCACUAGGGUCGCAUUUCACUUUUUUUUUUUUUUUUUUUUUGUAAAAAGGGCUAGCUAAAAUGUAUUUAUUCUUAAUAUAUUUUUUAAUGAAUGUAUCUCAUUACAUAACUGGUUAUUUGCUUCAUUGUAAAUAAAAUGAAAGCACAUAUGUACAUGUAUCAAGUAGUCAUAAUUAUAAAUACAAUAAAAAUGAGUGAGAUACUUUAUUAACAAUGUCACAAAUUAUACAACAGUACAUUUUAUAUAAUUGGUUCAUUGAUUUAUUAUAAACAUUUGCUUGAUUUUAAAUAAUUGGUUGAUUGUAGCUAAAUUAUAACUAGCACCAUAAAUAACAAAUACUAAAUAAUAGAAUUAACAUUUAUAGAAUAAGUUGUUGUAUUAUGAAAAUAAACCUUUACAAACUGCCCGAUGAUAGCCGGGAUUGGCUCCAGCACUCCCGCGACCUUUGUGAGGGUAAGCGGCUCAGAAAAUGGAUGGAUGGAAAUCUAAAAUUUUGAAGAAGUAACAUUUUAAAAAUUCAAAUUAUACAAAGUGGAAAGAUCAUUUUUUGGGGUUAAAAAAUACAAUGAAACAGACACAACUUUCUUCGAAAGAAGUGGUUAAUUAGAAUUACAACCAUUAUAAAUCAUAAAAUGUAGAAUUUAUGAAUCAUUUUAAAAGAAACAAUUUUACAUGUACUGUGCACUAUUCAGUCCUGUGUGUAUAAUUUUACCGUAAUGGCUGACAAACCAAAAAUGAGGUGACUGACCGCUGCUUUUAUCGUUUCAUUGAACAAAUGUUUGAUGCGACAUGGUUGUAAGGAAACAAUGUCGGCUGUGGCGGGUAUCUUCUCCCUGAAUGUAAACGCAUCUUCUCCCUGAAUGUAAACGCCGUAGUUGCUGUUAAAGUGCUCUCUAAACGCGUGCAGUGUGUUUCAAAGUGCUAACAAUGAUACCAGCAACAGAUCAGACUCUAGUAGUACCAGAUGUUGUUUUUGUCCUGCUAUGUUGUUGUUUAUGUUCAGAAGAAUUUAUUGAUUGGACUGUGUGUUUUGGCAAUAUCAGCACACUUCCUACACAUGUAGCUAUAUGUUCUUUUCUUUCCUUUAUCCUAAACAUUAACAAUAUAUUGAUGUGUAUAUUAAGUUUUGUUUUGACACAUUCCCGUCAUGUUUCAUGCAGAGAAGCAUUUAUAAACAUUAAAUGUGAUA